AGCAGAAUACGAGGCAUUGGUCGCCGGGCUCAGAUUAGCCCGAGCGCUCGGGAUCAAGAGAAUGAAGAUCCGUUCUGAUUCAAGCUUGGUCGUCGGGCAGGUGAAUGGCGAAAUGGAAAUAAAAGAAGAACGUCUGCCUCGGUAUAGUGGCCUGGUCCGAGCUCUUUUAAGAGAAUUAGAGGAAUUUCGUUUGACCAGGAUACCCCGAUCGGAAAACACUGAUGCUGAUAUGCUUUCCAAGCGGAUGCAAGCUUGCCUGGAGCAUGUAUCAAAGUUGGCUAAAAUUGAGAUAUUCGACCAACCAAGUACUGACCGGUUUGAGGUCGCGGCCAUCCAGCAGGGUCAGAGCUCAGAUGUAGGAGUAAUUGAGGCGGAUGACGAGUGGAGAUACAACCUCAUGGAGUACUUAAUGACCGGCCAGAAACCAGAUGAAGAAUAGCGGGCCAAGAAGGUAGUCUUACGGGCUCCCCGGUUUCAGGUACUAGACGGUCACUUAUACAAAUGUGCUAUUGGAGGACCUCUACUGCGUUGGCUUACCAACCCGGAGGUAGAACGAGUGAUAGCUGAGGUACAUGAGGGAGUUUGCGCUGCCCAUCAGAUGUCCGGUAUACUGGCCCAAAGAAUAAUUCUGCUUGGCUACU